GUCGCUGCACUCGCCUCUUCUUUUCCGCUUCCGGUGUCCCCCACAGCCAUGGCUGCCGCCGCCGCCGGCCCUGGGGCGCCCCUAUCCCCGGACGAAUUGCUUCCGAAAGGCGAUGCCGAGAAGCCUGAGGAAGAGCUGGAGGAAGACGACGACGAGGAGCUAGAUGAAACCCUAUCGGAGAGACUGUGGGGUCUGACGGAGAUGUUCCCGGAGAGGGUCCGGUCCGCGGCUGGAGCCACUUUUGAUCUUUCCCUCUUCGUGGCUCAAAAAAUGUACAGGUUUUCCAGGGCAGCCUUGUGGAUUGGAACCACUUCCUUCAUGAUCCUGGUUCUUCCGGUCGUCUUUGAAACUGAGAAGUUGCAGAUGGAGCAACAGCAGCAGCUGCAGCAACGGCAGAUACUUCUAGGGCCUAAUACAGGGCUGUCAGGAGGAAUGCCCGGGGCUCUACCUUCACUUCCUGGAAAAAUCUAGAUUGCUACUGCUAUAUUUGACCUGUCUUGGUGGAAGAAGUUUGAAAAUUCAAUAGUGUUUGAACUGCUGAUUAUUGGAUUUUUUUUUUUUUUUUUUUUUUUAAACUUUGGCACAUAUGCUCUAUAAACCUGGUGGCGGGAAUUCUCCCCACAUUGGCUCAUGGAGAGACUCCUCACUUGCAGCUGUGCCCUCCACUGUCCUAUUUCUUCUCUCCUCAUGCUGAUACCAGAGUGCAGCAACGCAGACGGUUACUCCAGCUCUGGCCACCCCACCCCCCUCACUAAAUUACUCCUGGUGGAAGAUCUCACUAUUCCAUUGCUGGGGUGGGAGACUGAUGCUGUGGAGAAGGACGUGCCCCUGACCAUUAACAAUAGAAUGGAGAUGCUGGGGAAGGGUAUGCACACAAGAUAAAAUACAAAAUGCAUUAAUUACAGCUCUGCUGCAAAGCAGCCACUGUGAAUUUCUGAAAGGAUGGAGGGAGGGCUGGCAGCUUCAGCCACAAGAUGGGGACUGGAGGACAGAGCAGGAGCUCAUUUCCUCCAAUAUUUCGGCUGUUAGCCUUGUGUGUGUAUGUGUCUAAAAAGGAAAAAAAAAAGUCAGUGCUCACUUUUUGUAUUUAAAUAUUAAAAAAAGAUGAUUCCAACAAAAAAAAGUCUUCCAAGUGCUUGUCAUACAUACCUGGAAAUGACUUAGACCGUUUUAGAAGGGCAAAGACGUCUUCUCUCACCUAAGCCAGCAGCACCAUUUAAUACCGAUUGACCCCUUAAGGCCAAAAAGGUGGAAAAUUCCUCUUUGUCCAAGAACCUCUCCGAGUUCCAGCAGUCACUUUCAGGUCCGCCAACAGAGGAUUGGGUUUAUGUACUUACACAGUCUACAGUGACGUUGUUUCAGUCAUUAAGUAGUGUCUGACUCUUUGGGACCCCAUGCACUGUAGCCUGCCAGGCUCCUCUGUCCAUGGGAUUUCCCGGGCAAGAAUUCUGGAGGGGGUUGCCAAGAUCUUCCUGACCCAGGGAUCAAAAACUGCAUUGAGAGGCAGAUUGUCUAGUGGUUCUCUAGUGGUUCAGUAGUUAAGACUCUGCACUUCCACUGCAGGGGGUACAGGUUUGAUCCCUGGUCAGGGAACUAAGAGUCCACUUGGCCAUGCAGCAAAUCCCAACCCCCGCCCCGCCCCCACCCAAAAAAAAAUUAUAAAGGACUUGUAAAGAGUGACAGUAUUGAUUUCUAGUCUGGGAGUAGGAAGGUUGCAAGUAGAACAUCUUGGGUUUGUUUUUUUAAAAAUACAGUUGACCCUUGAAAAAUAAAAGGGUUGGGAGGACUAACCCAUCAUGCAA